CUCUCCGCCGCUCAAAGCUGCUGCUGCUCCUGCGUCUCCAGGCACUUCCUGCACCGAGCCACAGUUUACAGGACAAGUGAGGGACUAUCUGUCGUCUGAAGACGGGGGGGUCAAGAUGAUGAACAGAGGUCAUUGGGCGGGAACGUGAGGCUUGACUCAAGGACUUAACAAUGACAUAAACUAAGGACCCACCUGGAACUGUCUCCUUGUUUGUCUUUUGUUUUGUUUCUUUUCACUUUUUUUUUUUGUAUUUUUGGUUGUUGGAUUUCCACCUUUCCUACCUUGUGUUUACCUGCUUGUCAGGAAACUUUAAUUGGUUACACUACUGUCCAGAGGUCUGACCUUGUCCCUCCUCUCGUCUGCCUCCUUUCGAUCACUGAGAUUAAAGAUAGCGAUAAAGGUAUCAAAGGUCUUGAGCCUGCACUUAUCAUAUCUUUGUGGCAUUAAUUAUCCUUUUCGCAGACAGACACUUACCAUGCAACAUACUCUACAGAAUUCUUUGCAUAUGCUUUAAUUGAAUCGAUAUAGCCUCCUUGUAUAAACAGGGUGUGUUUGUUUGUCUUAAUCAUACUCAAGUGAUCAUUUUUUUCAAUGCAACUAAGUCUCAGUUUUUUCCUUUGUGUAAUUAUUUAAAGAUUUAUCGUCGAUGUCGUGUAGCUGCUCAGCUGCAAUGCUAUUAUCUUAGCAGCAUAUAGGCUGCUGGAAGAUGUAAUUUAAACAUUGUUUUAACGUAUGCAAGCUUUGUGAAGAAGAGCACUUGUUGUUCAAAUGACUGAUUUAACUGUUGAAAAUAUUCAUUAGUAUGUUGAAAUCUUGCUGGUUGUUAACUGUAGAACUUCUUCAGAUCAAACUGUGAUGGGAUCUUUCUAACUGUGACACAAAGACUGUUUGAUAGCAGAUCCCAUCUCCACUGGAUAAAUACUCUAAAGAGAAGAACCUUUAAACUGGAAGGAGUUAGAUACGGACAACAGACAGGAGCCGACAUUUUCAGCUGACUUUCGAUGAGUUCUUGAAUUAAAACACUGAAGAAGGAGAAUGGUUUUGAGGAGAUUUCAGGGAUAAUGUUCUCGGACUGACAUUCAGAUACCUUUUGAUUUUCCCUGCAAAUGUUUCCCUCCAAACUCAACUCUUCAAGUCUCUAACUGUAGACAAUACUCAGUAAAUUCUACACUAAAGUUUGAUAUACUGACAGUUCUCGAUAAUCCGAGGAUGCGGUCUCCACAACCUUCUUCGCCCUCCACAGCAGAAGCCCUCCUUCAUGGCCAGUUUGCCAGCUGGGGAUCCGGCAGCAACAGUAACAAUAACAGCUGCCCCAACAGCCCUGGUGGUCCAGGGGGACUCUCCCCGGCUGCCUCCCCAACUCUGGCACCGGCUUCCAACUAUGCCUUGACCCUGACCCACACCCACAUACACAUCCAACGUCUGUCACCACGACCGGGGAAGGAAGCCCGUCUCCUGCUGCCUUUAUCAGAGCUAGUGGGAUGCAGCUGCCCCCGUGCCCCUGCGCCCCCUCUCCUGGUGCUGUACUGGUACCCACCAGGUAAACGACGGAAAGGGGUGUCCAGGCGCAGGCAGGUAAGGGCGUACCUUGCAGAAAGCAGACCUGAAGCUGAGAGGUGGUCGGCUGCUGUGCAAUGCCUACUCAGAGAUGUGACCGUCACUGCUGACACAGAAUUUUCAAGAAGUCUUCUACCUCGUCCUAGACGAUUACUGUUAUUGGUCAAUCCUUUCAGUGGGAGAGGCCAGGCCAUGCAGUGGUGUCAGACCCACAUCCUGCCAAUGAUCAGAGAGGCCAACAUUAGUUAUAACCUCAUACAGACAGAACGUCAGAAUCAUGCCAGAGAGCUGAUCAGAGAGAUCCCGCUCCAAGAGUGGGAUGGCAUCAUCAUUGUCUCUGGAGAUGGCCUUCUGCAUGAGGUUAUUAACGGGCUAAUGGAACGUGCUGACUGGGAACAAGCAAUAAAAACACCUGUAGGCAUUUUGCCCUGCGGGUCUGGAAAUGCACUGGCUGGCUCAAUCAACCACAACGCAGGGUAUGACAUGUGCCUUCGGGAGCCCCUCCUUUUGAACUGCUGCUUCUUACUCUGCCGAGGCGGUGUCCAGCCCAUGGACAUAGUCUCCGUGACGACCAGCCCUGCUUCCUCCAACAACAGUCGUGCUGCGGCACCCAGGAGACUGUUUUCUUUCCUUUCUGUUGCCUGGGGCUUUGUGUCCGAUGUGGACAUAGAGAGUGAGAGGUAUCGUGGCCUGGGCUCAGCGCGCUUCACCCUGGGCACCCUGGUGCGCAUUGCUUCUCUUCGAUCCUACAAGGGUCGUUUGUCCUACCUGCCGCCCUCCAUUUGCCCCACGUCACCCGAUACCACACCCCCUCCGCCAAGGAGACCCCUCUCCCGCAGUAUCACUGAAGGGCUGGAGGGCUUCUGCCGAACCCCCAUCCAUCGCACCUGCUCUGACAUGGGCAUCAGUGAACAGAGAAGCCUACGUAAGGGUGAAGGAGAGAGGGAAAAAGAGGAGAGGCAGAGAGAAAGGGAGAGGAGAAGGGAGAGGGCCAGGGGGGGUGGGUCUGGCGUGGUGAGGGCGAGCAGCCUGGCGGAGGACAGAGAGAGGGAACGGGAGGGGGAGAUGGAAGCAGAAGAGGAGAGGUCAGGGACGUGUUCUGAGAGGUCGGGGACAAGUUCUGAAUCAAACGAAAGGGAUGACUGCAGUAUGGGAAAGGAAAGAUUGGAGGGGAUCAAGGAUGAAAGGGAAGAUGAGUUAGGGGUGGAGCAGGACUCCAGUGAGAUUGAGGAGGAGGAUAGGGAGAAGGAUGGGGAUGGAAGUGGGGGUUCUGUAGAGGAGAGGAGAGAGCGUGGAGAAGGCUGUGGGGUGGACAUGGGGCGGGAGGUGAAUGAAGAGCCAGAUAAUUGUCUCGCCUACCAAGAUACCCUCCAGGAAGCCAGAAAGGCUGUCAGAAAGAAUUCAGCCCCUUCAAGCCAGAUAGCCAACGACCUCUUUAGCCAGCCUCUCAGUCAGGAGGUCAACGCAGACUCCAGGACCUCAUACGGGGUCGAGGACUUGGAUCUGAAUGGGACCUACUACCAGAAAGAAGACUACCCACUGGACGUUGCUCGAGAACGAGCCCUAACCAUUUCAUCUCCCUUUCGUCACUCUCCCUUCUCUUACAAGCCCAAGACCCUGGACCAAAACCAGAACGCCUCCCGGCCGCGGCCCCUCUCCCUCCUCCAACACUCCCACUCAAACUCUCUCCCCCCUAAGCUCCCCUCUCUCUCCCUCUCUCUUUCCCCCACACCCCCCUCUUCCCCUUCAUGUGCCUCCCCACACUCCUCAUCCUACCUCGUCCCCCGUCCUAACACCCCGAACUCCGCCUCACCCUCACCCUCUGUACGUACGCCGUCCUCGUCUUUUAACUUUGACAUUGCCGAGCCAGCAGGACCCCAAAAGAACCGUCCUUUUGUCUCACUGCCUUUAAAUGUACCUAGAGAUGACUUGCUACCCCCCCUAGACCAACCCCUUCCUACCAGAGACUGGGUCACCAUCGAAGGGGACUUUGUCCUGGUCUUGGCUCUGUAUCAGACCCACCUCGGGGCAGAUCUUCAUGCUGCACCUCAGGCCAGGUUUGACGACGGGCUGAUCCACCUGACCUUUGUGCGGGCAGGAAUCUCCAGAGCCACUCUACUGAGACUGUUUUUUGCCAUGGAAAGAGGGACCCACCACUCCGUCAGCUC